GACGCGAGUGUGGAACAUAAACAACAAACAAUGGGCUGUCGGUUAUAGAUCGUGUGAAGUACUUUAACCGACAGAAGCUAUUAGUUCGGGAAACUGUUUCACAUUUGAGAACUAUUGCGAGUUUCGGCUGUGACGUAUUUGACGCAAGGACAACCAUGAGGCUCUGCUGCCCCUUAUUGAUAUGCCUGGUCCUAACCAUGUCCUCAUCUUUCAUAAUUUCAUCCAAACACAUGUGGACCAAAAUGAUCCUCACCCAUCACUGGCCAACCACUUUCUGUUCGAUGGAGCACUGUCAAAGCAACAUUAGCCAGUGGACACUACAUGGAUUCUGGCCAGAUGGUGGCGCUUUCUGCAAUUCUUCAUGGCAUUUCAACUCUUCCGAAAUAGAGGACCUGCUCCCAGACAUGAAGACGAGUUGGCCUGACUUGUUUGAUCCCUUGUCUAAUGACUUCUGGAAAUAUGAGUGGAAGAAACAUGGUACGUGCGCAGCCAAAGCCAUUUCUCUGAACAGCCAACAUAAAUACUUCAGCAAGGCACUGGAUCUGUAUCAUACACUGGAUUUGGACAGCAUCCUGAAGAAGUUUUCCAUCACGCCUUCUCCACAAUACUAUAAUUUUUCAUACAUUGAAGGAGUAAUAGAAAACUUCUACCACGUCAAACCUAAGAUCCAGUGUGGCCAUUCAACAAAGAAUGACAGUUUCCAGGUUUUGGGGCAAAUUGAGUUGUGUUUCAACAGUAGUUUCGACCUGAUGGACUGUGAGAAACACGUUUCCACGGAAUCUGAUCCUGAUAGAGGUUGGGACUAUCCCAUGAAUGUUGACAAGGGAUCAGGGUUAUCUGUGUGCAACCACGAUGUGCCAGUUUACUAUCCACCUGUUGAAUAAUACAAAAAACCCAAUACUUUCACAAAUUGAAAUUGAACAACACACUAUGAUGAUGAUUCUUUUUUUAUUCAAAUGCAUUGAAAUUCUGACUGUGACUUGAAUAAAAACUGCCUUUGAUUGAAAUGUUCUUUUUACGUCCUACAAACCAGGACGCACACUCAGGCACACUCCACUGUCACUUUGUGCUUUGCUGGAAUUAUAUCCCCUUCUGACUCUUACAAGUAGAUAAGACUGCCAGUGCGCAGCAUGGGUUUCUCUGCAGCACAGCAGGGGGCAUUAUGGUAAUUUCAAGUCAGGAUGGGCAGGGAGUUUAAUAUGCUGCACAUUUGUAAAUCUUCGUAGUGUGUAUUUUUUUUAUUAUUAGUAGGCAUAUUUAUUUCUGCAUUGCUACAUGUGCUUAUAUACCACCUAUUGCGUGUCCUCUCUCCUGUUUUGGCAUUUUUGUUUUGUUUUUGUUUUUGUUUUCAGAAUCAUGAUAACCAAGUUUAUCUGGCAAUUCAGUAUAUAUAUAUAGCUACAGUGAAAUAGAUGAUAUGCAUGUUUUGAGGACCAUCUUUGUAAGCCCACAGUGCCACUUAUGAACCACUUUAUAACUGCCAAGUAUGUGUGUUUGAUGUUUCUUUUUUAGGUCUGUUUCCAUAAAUAUAAGGUAGUAUGCAGUAAAUCCUUCAUUUAUUUCAAUAUUCAUUAAGAGAUGUGAGUGUCAGCAUAGUACAUUACACAAGAUGCCAUACAAGUUCACAGCACAUCAGUUUUUGCUGACCUAUGGCCUGAAUAGGGUUUAGCACUUGUUUUGGAAAAGGUUAUUUAACACCUCACCGAUCUGCACACGGACUUGAUUCUGUUGAUGCUGUUGGACUGUGGCUUUUUGUGUAUAGAUGAAUCAUUUUAAAUCUAAUGGAUUUUAUUGUAUCUACAGUAGAUCAAUGCUGUAGUGUGAAAUUAACUACUAACUAAAACUAAGCAUGUGUAUCAUUUUUUUUCUCACAAUAAAGCCUUAAAUAUC